AUGGCCAACGAAGGAAACGAAAACGGAUCAUCAGUCAGCGGUACCAUCCCAACAGAACAGAACAUGGAAAGGGCAGUCACCAACUUUUUACAGGCCUUGCAAAACAGCAUGACCAAUGGGACAGUAGAAAGACAAGAAGGAUUAACUACGAUCAAACAAUUUCAAGAUCUGAAACCCACCACGUUUAUCGGUAGUCCAAACCCAUUAGUAGCAGAGGCUUGGGUCAGGGACAUGGAGAAAAUCUUCCGUGCACUACCUUGCACAGAAAGACAGAAGGUGACUUUUGCCACUUUCACCAUCAAAGACGAUGCACAGGAAUGGUGGCUCCUUACCUUGGAAAAGGAAGAUAUUGUGACUUGGGCAAGGUUUUUAGAAGUAUUCUAUGAAAAGUACUUUCCAGAUUCACUACGGGAACAAAAAGCGUCAGAAUUCAUACAUUUAAGGCAAGAAACCAUGACAGUGGCCGAAUAUGAAAGUAAGUUCACACAGCUGGCACGAUUCGCGACAUAUGUCAUUCCCACCGAAGCCCGAAAGGCCAGGAAAUUUGAAGCAGGGUUGGAUCCUGAAAUUAAGGAUAGACUGGAGGUUCUAAAACUACCAACCUACGCGGCGGUGGUAGAUCGAGCGUACAUUGCGGAAAAAGGAAUUAAAGCUUUACGAUCUGGAGAGCCAAGUCAGAGGAAGCGAUUUUGGGAAAGAGAUAACAGAAGACCCAAUGUAGCACCUCCCAAAAGAAUAAAUACAAGCACAACCAGUUCAAUCGGUCCAAGCAAUCAAGGUCCUACAGACCUUAAAGGUGGCGUUAUUCCAGCUUGCUCUACCUGUGGAAGGACUCAUUGGGGACCAUGCCGUCAAGAUACGAGAGCAUGCUUUAGAUAUGGCCAAGUUGGUCAUUUAUUGAGAAAUUGUCCAAAGCUCGUCCGCCCCUUUGAACCAGUCCGAAAACCCGCAGUACCUGAAGGAGCGAGAAAAUACCAAAAACGCCAAGGAAGAGCUUUUGCCUUGGUGCCUGGAAACCCAUAA